AUGACCUCGAGAUCUGUCUCCCUCCGGACGAAUGGCCAACUUCCCCCAAACAGCCCAACAUCACCAUCCAGUCCAGGCAUGUCUAGGUACCCUGAUGAGUACGAUAUCGUUUCGCCUGCUGUGAGGGCCGAUCAAGAGCGGCAGAUCGUGACUCUACAGCGACAGAAUCGCGAGCAAGCCGAUCGAGAACGUGCUCUUGUGCGACGGGAAAACACUCUACACCAACAAGCACAAGCACUCGCAGCCCGCGAAGAAACCAUCAAACAGGAUCAAUUAGCGCUUGUGAGACGUGAAGAGGAUUUGAGGAAGCGUGCUGGCGAGCUGGACAGACAGAGACACGUGUUGGAGAAUGAGAGGCUUGUGCUUGCGCAAGAGAAGGAACAUACGAGGCGAAUGGAAGAGCAGAGGCGGGCUAGAAGAACCAAUUCAGAAGCAUUCUUGGAAGACACAUUCCCCGCGCUUGGUAUACCAGACAUCGUCAGGCACCUCGGCAACUCAUCCCUUCGGAUUCGACGACAUUGUAUGGCAACAUUGGGUCCUUUUAGCGACUACAAGUACGCUCAACAGCAUCAACGCGAUUUCGACGCCCUCAUUCUUGCCCUCUUGCCCACGACCAUCCCCCUUAUUCGACUCAACAAGGACGAUGUCAUAGAGUUCGUCUCCUCCCUCCUCGGCGAGCGACACAUCGCACUCUCACUUUCCAAAUCUCAGCAGUGUCCCCAGCUGUUUGAGAUCCUCAUGAUUCAAAACGAUGUCAUGUCCAGCAUCGCGAGGGACGCAUUGACGAUCAUCCUGAAAGGAGAUAUCACCUGCCGUCGACCCUUGCAAGUCACACUGUCUCGUUUACUCCUACAUGAGACCCAGCCAGUAGUGCUCGAAUUCGCGCACCUGGCUCUUCCUGCCCUAGUUCAGGAUGCCAUAGCGGAUGGACAGUACCAAGCCGCUGUCUUCUACGCCAAUCACCCUUCCGAAACAGUGCGCACUUCCGUCUAUCAACCCGUCAGCAGAGCCGUCAACUCUGCCGUAGCAGUGCGGCGCGGUUUAGUCCAUGCAGGUCUCAUCGUUGGCGGUCAUGGAUUGAUCAGCUCCAGCAAUCCUCCUGUCGACCUGCUCACUUUCAUGGCGUCUGUUCUCCCCAACCUUGCUACCGAAAUUGCGCUCGAAGAUCAAACCCCCCUACUGCUAAAUAUGCUGCUCUACAAAGACCAGGGCCUGCAAAGCGCUUGUAUCAUUUCACUCCGCGCUAUCAGGAAGGUGGAUGCCAAUGCUCGAGAGAAACUGCGCCUUGCUUUAGAUCCAUACAUAUGGCACAGCGACGCCAUGGACGAGCGAGUUCGUGCCUUCACUCUCGAGAGUCUUCAGCAAAUCGCAACCGAUCUGCUCAGUGCCGGGCGCUUAACCGAGAUUCUCACCUAUCUCGAUCUCCCCGACUCCAGCAUGCGCGAGUUGUUCCUCACAGUGAUACUCAAGUUGGCUCAAGAAUCCCCAGAGCAGCAAAAGAAAUUGUUGGACGCAGGCCUUCUCAGCAAAAUCCAGCCAUAUCUUGCGCUACCCGAUAUCCCGUCCGACGUCAUGACAUUCACCGUUAGAGCACUCCCUGCAUUUGCCAUUCAGAUCUGCAAGUCUGGAGGGACCAAUAUCCUUGUUGAGCUAGUACUGCAUCGUGAUAUGACUCUGUCCGGUUCGGCAACAAAUGCACUGCGCCGCAUCCUCCAUUCCGAUCGUCGCUGUCGCCAGGCACUCCAAUAUUCCCUCGAGACACAUCUGAUUGCCCCCCCACCAAAAAUCCUGGAAUUUAUGAUCGAAACGCUCCCAUUGAUCGCGAACGACAUGAUGACCGACAACCGUCAUAGCGAGAUACUAGUAUUCCUCUCCCACGAAAAUGCCGCCAUUCGUCAAGCUGUCAUGCCAGUCGUUCUGCAGCUGUCACAGACAUCCGCUGGUCAACAAAAGCAGCUCGCAGGAGUGGGUAUAAUGACUGUGCUGUCUCCUCAACUUUCAUCCCCACGACCACCAGAAGACAUUAUCCAGUUCGGUGGCACCCUUCUGCUGCUUAUUGCCGUGUAUCUUGCAGAAGGCGGAUUCGCACCUCAACUCAUCGACCUCCUAGGGAAUCCGCCUACAAGGCAGUUAGCUGCCGACUGCUUGCGAAAGGUAGCUAGCGCGGGAGAGAAGGCUCAGCAAGGGCUGGUCAGUGCCGAUAUUCUGCCUCGAUUGGUUCAACACCUCCAAAUAGUUCAAGAUCCUGUGAUCGUCGGUCUUUUAGGUGAUUUGCUCCCCAUGAUUUGCCUGCUAUGUUGUCGUCGCGGACAAAGCGGCCUGAUCAUUCACCUGGCGUCAUCUUCUAAUCCAACGCUGAAGGGCAGAGCAUUGGCCGCUGUUCGGACCAUUGUCGCAUCCUCUCCGGCGGACAGAGGCGCUUUGCGGGAAGCGUACUUGCCUCAAUUGGAUUCUCAGGAGGAACACAUCUUGGAUAUCGCGGAUAUCGCAUUGCAGCCGAUGACGAAUGAUAUUCUGAAUACAGGCGAGUUGAACGCUGUUCUGGAAUUUGCUAUGCACGCCGAGCCACGAAUCCGAUGUCCGGCAUACGGUCCACUGCGAGAUGCAAUUCGAGAAAAUCAAGGGACAAGACAAACGCUCGUGGAGCUUGGUUUCUUCCAGAUCUUGAUUAAGUUUUGUUCAUCUCCAGUGAGGGACCGGGUAGAGUUUGCGUCGUCAGUCAUCCCUUUAAUGGGGAUGGAUGCGUGUAGGGCUGGUCUGUUACGGAACAUACUGGAGCUCUUCAACGUGGACGAGAAAUUAGCACGACAAGCCCUUUAUAUAUCUCUUGUCCAGAUUGCCCGUGGCACUCCAGUGGAUCAGCACAUGCUCAUAGAUGCCAAUUUUCUCACCAUUCUCUCUGCCAGCCUUCGGAAUCCUCAUCAAGGAGAGCCGGAGUUUUGCGAGCAGAUACUCCCGCUUCUCUCUCAGAGAAUCGCGGAAAUUGAUGACGCUUGUAGCAUUGCGCUGCAUCUUCUAGUAAACGGUCACCCAACUGUUCGCAGCUCUGCAACUCGCACCUUGGACAAUAUUCUGGGAGGCGCACCUACAGACCGCACUAUCUUGGGGCGAACAAUACUGGCACAACUGGACUCAUCCCCUCCGCCGAAUAUCAUCCAGUAUUGUGCCAAGGCGUUGACCUCGACGAUUUGUGGCGAUUACAUCAGAGAAGGCACUUAUCAGGUUUUGUUCGAUCUUCUCUCCCACCGUUCGCCUGAGAUUCGCAUCGCAGUUGAAUCACAGCUACAACUCGCACUGCGAAAUGACGGAACCGCGGAGCGAUUAGCAUCAGCUGGUUUAUUCCAAAUCAUCCUCUCAUCAUUGCCGAAUGCACCACAGGACGUCUUGACAUUUGCUGCGGAGCAGGCUAUUCCAUCCCUUGGCCCAUUCCUAGUUGAGAGUGAAGCGGAUACUUCUUCUCUCAUCAGUCUCCUUUCCCAUGGUCAAAAACCGAUACGGCAGGCCGCUGCCGCGUCGCUUCGGAAAGCCGCCAGUGCGUCCGCUGUUCACAGGCAGCGCCUUGUGAAAGCAGAUUUGGUGGAACGACUUAUCUCCUCGCUCGGAGUUGGUGAUCCCUCUCUUGUGGAUCUGGCAUGCGGCCUGUUACCUGUAUUAGCCGUCGAAAUCGCCCAGGCUGGGCUUUGUGAUACUCUCUUGGAUCUGUUAAACCAUGAAAUACUUGCAAUUCGUAGAGCUGCCCGACAGACUUUGGAUGUGGUUCUUCGAGACGACGAUGUUCGUGUUCAGCUUGUUCGACCACUAUUCGCAAGAUCUGGCCAGCUGAAAGAAAGUAAUUCGGCCUUCUUUGCAGAAGCCAUCACUGCGCUCAGCGAUGCAAUCUUGCUCAUUGGCGACGAGAAAAGGCUGCUGGCUCUCAUGUGGCAUGAGAUACCUGCCGUAUCCGAAGCUGCGUUCACAUCUGUGCGCGGCUUAAUCAUAAACGGCACCAUUGCAGACCGCAGACGGCUGUUAGAAGGCCAGCUGUUCAAUCAAUUGCUUCAGAUGCUCAACAAUAGCCGUUUACGCUCGACGGCGAUUAUCUUCGCUCUAGAUGUUAUGCCUCUCCUGACACCGUUGAUGGUGGAAACUGGACGGUUUGACCAGCUUAUACAGCUUUUCGUGGACGAAGAGCCUCAGAUCGUAUCCUCCGUCGACGACACCAUCCGAUCUGUAUGUGUCAAUCCGGCUGUGAAUAUCCAGCUGGUCCAGCAGGAUGUGAUACCCCGAUUGAUGAUACUCUUGGAUACACGGGGUGACGAACGUGUGCUGGAUCUUGUGUGCUUCGUGAUGAAAAGCCUCGCCGUUCAACUGGUCGAUUUUGGAAAAUCUUCGAUAUUGGUUACUGCCCUGACGCGCCGAGAAGCGAAACUGCGAGCCGCUGCAGUUUCUGGCAUCGAGACCGCAAGUAACCAAGGCGGCAACACCGUCCAAUCCACGCUGAUCCUCACGGACGGCUUCCUGUCCGGACUGCUCAGCAUAAUCACCAUCGACCGGGGGAAAUACGACGUUCUCAAAGCUGUCUGCCGUUCUCUGGCUAACAUCGCUACGGCCGAUAUCAACCGUUCGAAGGAGAUCUCAGCGAGUGGACUCAUACCGUCGUUGGUUGAGCUGGCGCGAACUCCGGAUGAAGGGAUGCAAGUCGCUAGCCUCGAGGCUAUAUUUGCGGUCACUGCUACUGCGUUCGGUGAUAAGACACCUAUAAUCAGAACAGGGAUCGUUAACGUAUUGUUGCGAUACUUGGUGGAACCGCCGAGUGCGCGAGUUGCACAGCUGUCGCUGAAGAUCAUGAACUCUAUUGCGUCUUUACCACCACAUCGGGCGGAGAUCGGCAAGGCAGGGAUCCUUGGUGCGCUUGCUCAUUACUUGUUACCGAAAGAUGACACGAUACCUCUCGCCCGAGCGAAUCAGGUCACUGCGCUCAAGAUAUGCCAGAACAUCGCGAGCGAAUCUGACAGAGAGCGCAAGUCCAUAUUUGAGGCUGGCCUGAUACUUCCCCUCCUUCAUCUCACCCAGGGGAAUCGUGCCGAGGUUGUUUGCUUGGCGUGCGGCACGAUCGAGGCUCUUGCUCGUACGGGCACUUUCAAGCAGGAGCUGCUCAACGCCGAAGCGGACAAGUACCUUCGACGGAUUACGAGCAUGAUGCACAAGUCAACUUUGGCAGCGGGAGAAGACCGCAAAUCGGCCAACAAGUCAGCCAAGCAAGCGUUGGAUAUGAUGGAGACUGGUAUUCUCCGGGGAUUGAGCCGCAGGUUGAGCAGAAGCUCUCCGUCCACUCGCAAACUCCAUGCGCGUGCGCAUAGUGGGAAUCUGAUGAGCCCGACUAUCCGCGAAGAAUGAACACUGAACGCCAUGUCUCUAAGUUUUCCUUUCAGGGUGUAGCGUUGUACUGAUAGCCAAUAUUUGUGUCAUGUAAUGGAAGUACCC